AUGUUCGAUACCCAACGGCAAUCAUUCCUCGACCACAAUGUCUUUAAGAAUGUCCGACACCAUAUCCCGGCACGACUCUUCAGCAAUCGCCGUCUGGUCUUGGCUCUCUGUGGGACAGUUUUCAUCAUCAUUCUCAUCGCCGCCGCCAGUACAGGCUCGCAACCGCCCGUCGUCCUUGCCGUCAGUGCCGCCGCCAAUCGCACAUUAGGUUUCGGUUCCAUCGAGAUGAUCAACCUUCCCAUACGUCAAGACAAGGCAGACGCAGCAACCGUGCAGGGAUUCCUUACAGGUAUCAACAUCAACAUCGUCGAAGGUGUUAACGGCACCAAGUUGGGUGAGGUCGGCCUGCCACCCAGCAGUAUUCCCGACUCCGAGCCUGGUUUGUCUGGUGGAGAGAAGGGAUGCUGGAGAUCUCACGCAAAUGUCUGGAGCUCCAUGCUUCGUGCCAACGCAGAGACGGUGCUUGUGAUGGAAGACGAUGUCACAUGGGAUAUGCAUAUCAAAGAUGUCAUGCGACUCGCCGCGUCUCACUUGCCAGGCCUACUCAACGGUACUGGCUUGCUCGGUCUCAACCCCACGCGAAGCUCCGAAGAACAAGCUCAAGUCGAUCCAUGGCACAGUAGGUCGUGGGAUUUGAUCACCUUCGGCCACUGCGGUGACGGCGAUCAGUGGAAGUCCGAAAAGGUGAAGUAUGAUGACCCGUACACGAGCGGAGAGAAGAGCUCGUAUUUCGGCAUCAGCCUCAAAGAAGGUCGUCGUAUGCUGCGGAGAGCUGGUGGAAUGACUUGCACGGGAGCCUACGCCGUCAGCGCUCGAGGAGCCGCGAAGCUCCUGCUCCGAAGUGGUUUCGACUUGAACCUGCCCGUCGACGUCAUCAUGAACGACAUGAUCAGGAAUGGUCAGCUCCGCGCUUACAGCAUCUGGCCUCCUCCGGUUGUUCAGUGGCGCUACCGCGAUAAGCUGGGCAUGUGGGGGUCGAUGGGUAGCGACAUUCGGGUCGAACACAAGGAUAACGACCGCAGUGGAUGGGAAGAGGCACACAGGCAGCACGAUGUCUGGUUGCUCAAGGGAGACACCAAGGGUCUCAAGGAUCCUGCGAUCAAGAGUGCGUGGGGUGAAUUGAUUGGUCAUGAAGACGACUAG